AUGGGCUCAAUUUCAACCCUGGCGUUUCCGCUUCUCGUCGGAGUCAAAGUCCCCUUUCCUCGUUCAACUUCUCUUCGAACGCAACAACAUUCUAUGUCAGUGCCAGCAGUUUCUUCCUCUUCUCAGGUAGCUGAGACCCAAUUACUCACUUUUCUCGGUAAAGGUGGCUCCGGCAAAACCACCGCUGCUAUCUUCGCCGCUCAGCAUUAUGCAAUGACUGGAUUCAACACAUGUUUAGUCAUACAUAGCCAAGACGUCACUGCAGACUAUCUCCUCAACUGUAAAAUUGGAACUUCCCAUGUCCUUUGCAGUAACAACCUUUCAGCUGUUAGGUUGGAAACAACCAAAAUGCUUCUUGAACCUCUAAAACUUCUCAAGCAAGCCGACGCCCAGCUUAAUAUGACACAAGGAACAAUUGGAGGGAUUGUUGGAGAAGAGCUUGGCAUCAUGCCUGGAAUGGACUCUAUCUUUUUAGUACUUGCACUUGAGAGGCUUGUAGGAUUUUUGGGGAUGUCGCCUUCAAAGACUCAACACGAUAAAUUUGACAUAGUAAUAUAUGAUGGUGUUAGCAGCGAGGAAACCUUGCGAAUCAUGGCUGGAUGCAGUAAAGCAAGAUUGUACUUGAAAUAUAUCCGCGCAUUGGCGGAGAAAACUGACCUUGGGAGAUUGGCUGCUCCUUCACUCCUCAGACUUGUGGAUGAGGCCAUGACAAUAGGUAGCAGCAGAUCUUAUUUAAAUGGGAGGAUGAGUUCAGAAACAUGGGACACUUUGGAUCAACUUCUCGAGAAAGGAUCUUCUGCCUUCUCAGACCCACAGAGAUUUGGUUGCUUCCUUGUGAUGGAUCCUAACAAUCCAACCUCGGUAAAUUCUGCAUUACGUUAUUGGGGGUGUACAAUUCAGGCUGGUGCUCAAGUUUCAGGUGCUUUUGGACUCUCACAGCAACCAAAGCUAGAAUCAUACGAAAGAGCAAACAAAGAUCUUUCUCCUUUGCCUUCUGCUUUUAUCUCAAGUCCGUUAAUGAUUAGCCCAAUAGACUGGAACAGAGUUUUACUGGACACUGCAAAUCAAGAUGCCAGGCAUCUUCUUACUUCACUGUCGAGCCAAUCCAGUAAUAUGACAUCAUCAGUUAAGUUUAAUGUCAAAAGAAAAUCAGUUACUCUCUUCAUGCCAGGUUUUGACAAAUCAGAGAUUAAGCUAUACCAAUAUAGGGGAGGUUCUGAGCUUUUGGUAGAAGCCGGAGAUCAAAGACGUGUCAUCGCCUUACCCCCAAAAAUUCAAGGAAAGGUUGGCGGAGCCAAAUUCCAGGACAGAAGUCUUGUUAUUACAUUUCUAUAA